AUGCUCCGCGUGGAGCACGAGUGCGAGCUGCUUCCCAAGCAGGAGGAUAUAUUCUUCCUGCCCGACCGCGGGCUCCUUCGACGAGCCUUGGACGCCUUCCGGCGCUUGCUCAUGGUGUCGGAAAGGAAUCCGGGCACUCGCAAGUAUCUACGCAGCCGCGCCAACAUAAUCUCCGAAAAGCGACGGCACCUGCGCAAUUACAGAUACAUCCUGCACCCCUUCAGUAUCCUUAGACUCUAUUGGGAUUUUAUGAUGAUUUUAACGAUGACGUGUUUGUUCCUGGCCGUCCCGUACAAGUCAGGCUUUGAGAUGAGCGACCGGCCGCUUUACUGGACCGUACUGAAAAAUUCCCUGCUCUUCGUCUGCUGCAUGGACAUAGCCGUUAAUUUUGCCACAGGGUACCUCGACCACGUGCAGCACAACAUCGUGAUGGAGCCGAGGAAAAUAAUGAAGAGGUAUACGAGACACGGCACCUUCGUGCCGGACCUGCUGGGUUCCCUACCGACCGACAUCGCCUUCGCUGAUGGCGAGGUAUGGCGCGAGUACAAAGUCGCUCGCGAGCUGGCGUCUCUGAUGUGCCUGUUCCGCGUGUUCUCCUUCAGCCGCUACAUGAGAAAAAUCGCUCACGCCUACGACGCGCCGAUGGCCAUCUACGAGGUGUGCGAGGUGAUCUUUUGGUUGGCGAUCACACUGCACUGGCAGUCUUGCUUCUACUGGCUGGUCCCGGUGGCGACUACCUCCAUGCGCCUACCGGAGCGUCCGAGCAACGACUCUUGGAUACACACGAUGCACCUCUGGGAGGCGCCUAAGGGCCGGCAGUACCUGCUGUGCCUGUUGCGCGCCGUGCCCGUCUUCCUCAGGUCGGGCUGCCUGCACAGCAAGCCGAAAAACGAGGCGGACCUGACGAUGCUGAUUAUCCUACAAAUCUUGGGGACUCUGAUCUUUUACAUCCUGACCACCCGAGCGAUGCAGCUGUUGAAGGGCGCCAACGGCUCGAAGAUCAAGUACCACAGCCACAUGGAGCAGCUGAAGCGGUACAUGAGGCACCGCCAGCUACCGCACUCGACCCAGCGGCGCAUCGUCGCGUACUACAAAUUCCGCUUUCAGCAUCGGUACUUCCGCGAGAGCGAGAUCCUCAACACCCUGUCGACGCAGAUGCGCCAGGAGAUCGGCAUGCACGCCUGCCGCAACCUCGUCGAGAACGUAACGUUCUUCAACAAUCUGCCCUUCCUGCUGCUGGCGCGCAUCGUCGGCCUGCUUAAGUCCGAGAUCUUCCUCACGAACGACGUGAUCAUGCGGGUCAAUCAGCCGGGGGACUGCAUGUACUUCAUCGCCGCCGGCACCGUGGCGAUCUACACGAGCUCCGGCAAGGAGGUCUGCCACCUGGAGGACGGCGCGCAUUUCGGCGAAAUCGCGCUGGUGAUGCCGGACGAGCGCAGAAUCGCCAGCGUCGUCGCCGUCGAGAUCUGCGAGCUCUACCGUCUGGAUCGUGUCGACUUUGCCAAGACGAUCCAUCCGUACCCGAUGCUGUGGGAGCGCAUCAAGAACAUCGCCGUCGAGAGGCACGAGAAGACGAUGAUACUCAACAACACCGCGCAGUGA